AUGGCGGCGUCGAAGGUGAAGCAGGACAUGCCCCCGGUGGGGGGCUAUGGCCCUAUCGACUACAAGCGGAACCUUCCGCGUCGGGGACUGUCGGGCUACAGCAUGUUUGCCGUGGGCAUUGGGGCCUUGCUCUUCGGGUACUGGAGCAUGAUGAGGUGGAACCGCGAACGCAGGCGUCUCCAGAUCGAGGACUUCGAGGCCCGCAUCGCGCUGAUGCCUCUGUUGCAGGCAGAGAAGGACCGGAGGGUUCUCCAGAUGCUUCGGGAGAACUUGGAGGAGGAGGCAACUAUCAUGAAGGACGUGCCGGGCUGGAAGGUGGGUGAGUCCGUGUUCCACACCACGCGCUGGGUGACUCCCAUGAUGGGCGAGCUCUACGGGCUGCGCACGCGCGAGGAGAUUCUCAACGCCACCUAUGGGUUCAUAUGGUACACGUAG